CGCGCAGAGCCGGACGGUUGGCGGCGGCGGCGCGCUGAUAUAGGCGGAUGGCGGCGGGAGUUCGUGCUCCCUCGGGCCUGCGAGCCGAGGAUGUCGUUGAGCCGGGGAAGUCGCUCGCAGGGAGUGGGGAGAAGUCGUAAGAAGAAGGCGGCGCCGGCCCUGAGGAGGGAGUGGGACAACACCAUCAGUGAUCUGAGUGUCCACCGGGCCAGCCCGGAGGAACUCGCUCGGCGCCGUCAAAACCGUGUCUCCAGGAACCAGGCGGCGGCCGAGUGGGAGCUCCGGCAGCAGCGGGCCGAGGGCCAGAGGCGGGGGCGGGGCACGGCUCCCGGGAAGGAACCGGUGCUGGUGAAUGAGCUGCUGCUCGAUCAGUGGCAGCUGCGGGAUGUGUUGGCGAGAUCUGACCGGGCCUUGGCCUUGGUCCGGGAUCUGUUCGGCGAUGGCCCGCGGCUCCAGGCUGCUUUCCCAAAUGUGACGGCUGCUCCGGGCUGCGAGAAGGUGCCGCAGGCAGGGCUGGUAGCCCCAAGUUGUGAGCAGCCCACUCAGCUGUCCCUCCUCAGCGAGUCAGUCAUGGACUCCCAGGCCCUCAAUGAAACCGUCAAUACAACCUCAGAUCGUCCACUGUCCCAAGAGAGUCUGCAAGAAGCGGAUACUUCAGCCUCCAUGGAUUAUCAGACUAACAUUGACAGCAACGAUCACUCUCUGGAGGAGAAGCAACAGAAAACUGGACAAUGCACCCGAGAAUGGCCCUAUACAGCGGCGAACCAGACCCUAGAGACUCCUUGUACACCGGACUGUGAAACCUCAGUGAAGUAUAUAAGCUUAAAUGCUACUACUGCAAUCCAGAGAGUGAAGUCAAGAGUGCAAAGUGAGGCAGAAGGCAACGCAGAACAGGAUGGUUCGUCCCUUUCCGAAUCCAGAAAUGUAAUUCAACAAGUACUUCACCCUAGUUCAAAUAACUCAAAAAAGGGUGUACCAAAAGGCAAAAAUUGCAAUAUGUUUACCAAAAGAAUAGAAGACAGUAGGCAAGAGGACAAACAGCUGAGCCUUGAGCUGCUGCAGGAAAUGAUUGAGAAUAUUGACCAAGAGAUGAUGGAAUAUGAACGCCAGACUGGACGCAAAGUCACGGGCUGGCUGCCACGGAAAGGUCACAGUCUAACAGGUUUCACCUUCUCGUUGGUCAACUUGAUAAGCAGACUGACCCACUAUCUAAAAGAUAAUGAAAUUCGGCAGCGACAGGAGAAGGAAAACCAGCAGCAACUUCUGGAAAAAUCCAAGGAACAACGAGCACUGAUUGAUGCAUUGACAGCAGAAUUUCUGACAAUGCAAAAUGAAAUUAUUUCUGUGCAGACUAACCUGCAUCAGUAUAUGAGUAAGACAGAUGAAGAGCUGCUCUUACUGAAACAAAUAUUGCAUGGAUCUACAGAAGCAGAAAGAAACAAACCGAAGCCAAGACAAAACAUUGUUUAUGAAGUUAGGGAGACAGCAGUUGAAGGGGGGAGUUUACAUACUUGUGUUUACUCUGAAAGACAAAAUCAAGCUAAUGGACUUAUUUUAAGGGCUGGACCAAAUACUAAAGAGGAACUUUUAGAAAGCCUGGAAAAAAAACAGCCCCUUGCAAAUCAGUACAAUGGGAAUCCUUUAGAAGUAGCUAGGAGAGGUCAAAGUUUACCUGAGCAUCUAUUUGGCCCUGCUGUGUUGCUUUCACCCCCACGACAGAGGAACAGCCAAGUAGCUACUGGCUCACAAGUGACAGCCGAUUUGUUUCAAGAAAGACCUCUGCCUAUUAAUGUAUAUCUGAAAUCAAAUGAUGCACAUCUUUCACAAAUUCAUAAGGAAGCUCCAGUGUCACCAGUUGUACAAGGAGAAAAAGACCUUAAAGAAUACUUGGGAAUACAAAACCAAAACCAGCUGCAAGGCCACCAGGAUCUUAGCCAGCAAUGGAAGCUUUGGAAUGCUAAUGAAGAACUAAAGAGCUUGAGUCUCGCUUUGCCUGUUACUAAUUUGCCUCAAAUGCCUGAAAUACAACAAUCUGAAGCUGUCAAUGACACAUCGAUAUGUAUUCUGAGAACGAAGGAAAACGAGGUGGAAGGUGAACGGAGUCAAGGUCUUUCUUUGGACAAGUGGCUUAAACAUGAAGCAAUGCUAUCUCAAAUUGCCGAGCUCCAGUUGCAGAAUUCUGCACUCAAAGCCCAAAUGAGUCAGUUCAAAAUGGGUAAAUUAUCCAAUUCUGCACCACAGAUUGAAAAGACCGUUCCCAGCACUUGUGUAAGCCUUCAGCAGAGGAUCACUGAGCUCAACCAUCAGAGUGCUGAAGCACGCGGCAAACUUUUGAAGUUGAUUGAACAGCAGAGACAAGUUUCUGGUGAUUCUGCAUCUCCACCCAUUUCUCCUAUCCCACCUGAAGGUAUAUGGACAGAAACUGGCAACAGAACACAGGAUGUGUUGAUCCCUCUGCCCAGUGGGUUGGACUCUUCCACAGAGAGCACACCUUCCACUGCCAGCAAAGUAAACAGAAAAAGAUCUACAGAUAAUACUAGUACAACUAGUUCCUCACUACAUCUGGAUAAAGAUGAUGGAAAUAGAACACCUAUUACUCGAAGAAUGAAGCCAGAAAGGUUGAAAGCAGAAGGUUGGUUUGCACUCUCUACGCAUACCAUGUGAUUCUAAAACUGAAAUCCUAAAUCCAUAUUUGGGUGAUUGGAGAACUCACAAGAGAGCUUUCAUAAGGGUAAAAAGAAAAAUACUGCAAAUGCUGGAAAUCUGGAAAAGUGAAAAUGCAGUUCUGAAGGCUUGACACCAGAAAGGUCAACUUCGCUUCCCCACAGAUGCUGACUGAUGUGUUUCCAGAAUUUUGUUUUUCUCUUUACACUUUCAUAUUGUAUUUUUGUUUUGCAUUUUUUUAAUGGAUAAAAUGUAAUUUUAAAUUUCAGUGAGCUGCCAGCAGUUGAAUGUCUUCAAUUAUUGUCAUUAACUGUGUUGAUUAUUGAUGCACAGAGGCAAAAUAUUAGCCUUAAUGAAGCAGUUAUAAUAGAUUAAGAGGGUUGGGAAUUUUCUUGCCUGUUCUGUGGUUUUUCUAAUUGAUUAGUUUAACAAAAAUAGUGGGGGUGGGGGUAGCAAAUCGGCAGUCCAUUUUACAGCAAUCCUAAUUAUUAGUGCCAUUGAUUUCAUUCAAAAGCAUGAGAUGUAAAACAAGCUGCCGAUUCACCAUCAUGUUUUGGCUGAGGGAUGGCAUUGGCAGUGUGUGUUCCAUUAGCUCCAGAAAUCCUUUUCUAUUUUUUACCUGGCACAAGCAGCUGCCAGUGUUCAGGAGGCAAUUUUUAAAAAAUAAUGGUUUUUAUCGAAUGUAAAAUGAGAGUAUAUAACAGUAUUUUACACAUUUCAAUAAAAAUUACGCUUUUAAUAAAA